AUGAGAGAUGCGUCUGUGUUUGUCCUGAACUCAGAAGAGACCGUCGUCCUUUGGAAAGAGGCGGAGGCUGCGUUCACACCACAGGCCCCGGAGGAACCAGGCCCCGGAGGAACCAGGCCCCGGAGGAACCAGGCCCCGGAGGAACCAGGCCCCGGAGGAACCAGGCCCCGGAGGAACGAGGCCCCGGAGGAACGAGGCCCCGGAGGAACCAGGCCCCGGAGGAACCAGGCCCCGGAGGAACCAGGCCCCGGAGGAACCAGGCCAGAGUCGGGAGAUAAAUCCUCACACCCUCAGAUCCACAGGGACCUCAGCCUCACACCUUCAGAUCCACAGGGACCUCGGCCUCACACCCUCAGAUCCACAGGGCCCUCGGCCUCACACCCUCAGACCCACAGGGACCUCGGCCUCACACCCUCAGAUCCACAGGGACCUCUGCCUCACACCCUCAGACCCACAGGGACCUCGGCCUCACACCCUCAGAUCCACAGGGACCUCUGCCUCACACCCUCAGAUCCACAGGGACCUCAGCCUCACACCCUCAGAUCCACAGGGACCUCGGCCUCACACCCUCAGAUCCACAGGGACCUCGGCCUCACACCCUCGGAUCCACAGGGCCCUCGGCCUCACACCCUCAGAUCCACAGGGACCUCAGCCUCACACCCUCGGAUCCACAGGGACCUUGGCCUCACACCUUCAGACCCACAGAGACCUCGGCCUCACACCCUCAGAUCCACAGGGACCUCUGCCUCACACCCUCAGAUCCACAGGGACCUCGGCCUCACACCCUCAGAUCCACAGGGACCUCAGCCUCACACCCUCGGAUCCACAGGGACCUCGGCCUCACACCCUCAGAUCCACAGGGACCUCAGCCUCACACCCUCGGAUCCACAGGGACCUUGGCCUCACACCUUCAGACCCACAGAGACCUCAGCCUCACACCCUCAGACCCACAGGAACCUCAGCCUCACACCUUCAGACCCACAGGGACCUCGUCACUUCUGUCAGGUCCGUGUCACAGAAUCACGGCUCAAAAGAACAAAACAAGUAAAAACAAUUUAA